AUGUGGGAGGCGUGGUUCCUGGUCUUGCUGCUGGAGCAACUGCUGUGGGUGGCUCCAGUGGGGGCUUCAGGGCAUGAGGCAGAGGUGCAGUUGGUGUGGGCUGAGGAGGGGGCACCUGUCCAGCUCCCCUGCAGCUCCACCAUCCCCCUCCAAGAUCUCAGCCGUCAGCGGACAGAAGUCACUUGGCAGCACCUCCCAGACUGGGGCCCGCCGGGCGCUGCCCCCAGCCCUCCCCCGGCGCUCCGCCGCGGCCCCGCUGCGCCCUCCGGGCUGGGGACGGGGCCGCGCGGCUACACGGUGCUGAGGCUGACUCCCGGGGGCCUGCGCAGCGGAAGGCCGCCCCUGCAGCCUCGCGUGCAGCUGCGAGAGCGGGGGCUCCGGCGCGGGGACUUCUCGCUGUGGCUGCGCCCCGCGCAGCGCGCUGAUGCCGGCGAGUACCGCGCCACGGUGCGCCUCCGGCACCGGGACCAGAACCGCGACCGCGUCUUCGCCUGCCGCCUCCAUCUGCGCGUGGGUCAGGCCCAGAUGACAGCCACCCCCCCAGGAUCUCUCAGGACCAAUGAUUGGGUCAUUUUGAACUGCUCCUUCAGCCGCCCUGACCUCCCAGCCUCUGUGCGCUGGUUCAGAGGCCCGGGCAGAGCUCCUGUUGAGAAGUCCCCUGAGCACCAUUUUGCUGGAAGCCUCCUCUUCCUGCCCCAAGUCAGCCCCUUGGACUCUGGACCUUGGGGAUGCAUGCUCAGCUACAGAGAUGGCUUCAGUGUCGUCGUCACAUACAACCUCACUGUCCUUGGUCUGGAGCCCCCAGUGCCUCUGACAGUAUAUGCAGCAGCAGGUUCUGUGGUAGAGCUGCCCUGCCGCCUACCUCUUGGGGUGGGGAGCCAGUUUCCUGUCACUGCCAAGUGGACCCCUCCCAGCCCAGGCCCUGACCUCGUGGUGACUGAAAACAGCGGCAACUUUACCCUUCGCUUAGAGGCUGUGAGCCAGGCCCAGGCUGGGACCUACACCUGCCAUGUACAUCUGCAGAGGCAGAAGCUCAGUGCCACUGUCACCUUGGCAGUCAUCACAGUGACUCUUAAAUCCUUUGGGUUACCUGGCAACUUGGGAAAACUACUUUGCGAGGUGACUCCGGCAUCUGGACAGGAGCGCUUUGUCUGGAGCCUGCUGGACCAGCAGUCUUGGAGGAGUUCCCCAGGACCCUGGCUGCCUGUGCAGGAAGCCAGUCUUCUUUCCCAGCCCUGGCAGUGCCAACUGUACCAGGGGGAGAGGCUUCUUGGAACAGCGGAGUACUUCACUGAGCUCUUUGGCCCAGGUCCUCAACGCUUGGGGGGAACCCUAGGUACCCUAAAAACAGGUCAUCUCUCUCUCUUCCUCAUCCUCGGUGCCCUCUUUCUGUUUGUUUUGAUGACUGGAGCCUUUGGCUUUCACCUCUGGAGAAAACUGCAAUGGCGACCAAGAAGAUUCUCAGCCUUGGAGCAUGGGAUUCACCCACCUCAGGCUCAGAGCAAGACAGGCGGGCUGGAGCAGGAAGAACCGGAGCCGGAACUAGAUCAGGAAGAAGCAGGGCCAGGGCAAGAGUCCGAGCCGGAACUGGUACCGGAGGUGACACUGGAGCCAGAACUGCCCUGACCUGGAGCUGAGGCACCAGCCCUUCCCCUCCUGCAGCCCCU